AUGAGUAUCCGCCCUCCUGUUUACGAUAAAAAUGUCCUCUCAAUCGUUGAUCUUCAACGUGAGGCAAGCAUGAAGCUACCCAAGGUAUACCGCGAGUAUUACAAUGAUGGAGCCACGGACAUGAUUAGUCUGCGCGACAAUGUGACUGCCUUUGACCGCUACAAGAUUCGUCCCCGUGUUCUUGUAAAGAUCCAUGAGUUAGAUACUUCCGCGGAGCUCUUUGGAUCCAAGGUCACAUUUCCCCUGGGUUUCUCUCCAACUGCAUUGCAUAAGCUGGCUCAUCCCGACGGAGAGUUUGCAACAUCACAGGCUGCAGCGAAUAUGGGCAUCGGCAUGGCUCUCUCCUCAUAUGCUUCUACGCCACUAGAGGAUGUUGCUGCGCAAGGUACUGGUCACAAUCCCUAUGCAAUUCAGCUGGCCAUCCCCAAAGAUCGCAGCAUCGCGGCCCAAAUGAUUAGACGCGCCGAAGCUGCCGGGUACAAGGCAAUCUUCCUGACGGUAGACUGCUCAGUUUUGGGGAUCAGAUAUAACGAGAAUCGAAAUAACUUCGCACUCCCUACGGGGAUGGCAUACCCUAAUCUCUCACCGGACCCUUCGAAGCCCUUCGGGUUGGGAGAGGAAUUCCCAGAUAUUGAAUACGACACCGAGAUUACAUGGUGCGAGGCGAUAUCGUGGGUCCGCUCAAUCACCAACAUGAAGAUCUGGGCCAAAGGUAUCUACACCCCGGAGGAUGUCAUUCUAGCUAUCGAGCACGGGUUCGACGGUAUUAUCAUCUCAAAUCACGGCGGCCGUCAGUUGGAUGGCGUUCCUGCCACACUUGAUGUUCUCCGUGAAUGUGCGCCGAUUGCCAAAGGGAGGAUUCCGAUUGCAAUCGACGGGGGUAUUCGGCGAGGAUCAGACAUCUUCAAGGCCCUAGCCCUUGGCGCGCAACAUUGCUUUGUCGGUCGUGUUCCUCUAUGGGGCUUGGCGUAUAAUGGUAAAAAGGGCGUAGAGCUCGCGGUCAAGAUUCUUCUGACGGAAUUAAAAGUGACGAUGGCCCUCGCUGGUUGCAGAAGUAUUAAAGAUAUUAGUCGAAGUCAUCUAGCCACUGUCGAUUCUUCCGGAGUCAUCUGCAAGCUCUAG